ACUCUGGCUGUGUCUUCGCUUGCAGUGAGCGCAGCCACAAGCGGCAUCAACCCGCGGGCAGUAUGGCAGUUCCGCAACAUGAUCAAGUGCACGAUCCCCGACAGUGACCCCUUGAAGGAUUACAACGACUACGGCUGCUACUGUGGCCUAGGCGGCUCAGGCACCCCGGUGGACGAACUGGACACGUGCUGCCAAACCCAUGACAACUGCUACAAAAAGGCCAAGGAUAUCUGCACGUUUUUUCUGGACAACCCCUACACCAAGAGCUACUCGUACAAAUGCUCGGGCUCUGAGAUCACCUGCAGUGACAGCAACAAAGAGUGCCAGGCCUUCGUCUGCAACUGUGACCGCGAAGCUGCCAUCUGCUUUUCAAAGGCCCCAUAUAACCCGGAGAACAAGAAUCUGGACACCAAGAAGUUCUGUCAGAGCUGA